AUGGGUUACGCUAUGCGUAUCCAGUUAUAUAUCACCAGUUGUUUCUUGCAUUACUGUUCUAUUUUCUUAUCCUCCGAUGAUGUUUCGCAUCGCCAUGUCUCUUUGGAAACUAGCCGGUUAUCGCCGAAGGCCCAAAAAUUACAUUCCACCAUUUCGGCCCAAGAGGCCGAGACCGACAUGUCGCAUGGCCUCAUGUUGUCACUGAGAAAUGAAACCGUGCCCGAUGCAGAGGCCAGCGUUCACCGCAUGCGCCGCCGCCGCAGCCUCCUGCUUCCCGGUGUAACCUCCCUACCCAUGUUCCCGCCGCUCCCCCACCUCCGGCGCCGCCUCCUUGCCACAACCCCCAAACUCCUCGCCCCGUCUUUAUUCUGCUCCCUCUCCACCGCCACCGCACCGGCAGCCCGCAAGCCGACCACCGCCGUUGCCGUCCUCUGGGACCUGGCCGCCUCCCGGCCCCCCUCCAAGCUCCCCCUCUACGACGCCGCCGUCCGACUCCACCUCGCCGCCACCUCCUUCGGCCGCCUACGCGUCUCCGCGGCCUUCCUCCACCCCUCCCACCGCCUCCCGGCCCCCACCCCCACCGCGUCGGCCGCCACGAUCCACCUCUGCCGCGUCUGCGGCCGCCGCUUCCGAGCCCGCGACGUCCUGCUUCGCCACUUCGACGCCAUCCACGCCCGCGAGCACGCCAAGCGCCUCGCCCGCAUCGACUCCUCCCGGGGCGACCGGCGCGUGCGCCUCGCCGCGGCGCUCUCCCUCAAGCUCUCCAAGUAUGAAAAGGCCGCCCGCGAGCUCACCGCCGCCGCGGGCCUCGCAUCCCCCGCCAACGACCUCCAACGCGCUGGCGUCCGCGUCGAGCACUCCCGCACCCCCGCGGCCUCCCUCCGGGAGCGCGCGCAGCAGGUGCUCGACGAAGGGUCUGUGGGGUGCCUGAUGCUGGUCUCGGGUCACGAGGAGCUCGCCUCCCUGCUACGGCUUGCUAGAGAGAAGGGUGUACGGUCGGUGGUGGUCGGCGGGGAGUCCGGGCUGGCGAGGUGGGCUGACGUGGGGUUCAGCUGGGCGGAAGUGGUCGCCGGGAAGGCCAGGAAGGCGGCGCCGUCGGUGUCCGGGAAGUGGCGGGACAGGGACGUGCUCAAGGGGCUGGAGUGGAGGUACGAAGAGGACGAGGAGGAAGAGGUGGUGUUUGAGGACGGUGCCGGAGACGGGUUUGAGGAAUUGGCGGGGAAGGUGAAGGGGAGGCCGUGGUGGAAGCUGGACUCUGACGGUGAGGACUCCGGCGUUGGUGGUUGAACGAUCACAAUUUGUUUGCACAUAAUGUGUUUGCUCUUGUGCCGCUUGGGUACCUUCAAAGGAAGCAUGGAUCAUGGCACAUGAGUGGUGUCAUGAGGUCAUUGAAGUGUAGCAUUUUGUGCGUAGGUGGAGUAUCGCUUCAACGGUCGUGUAACUUGUAAGAGAUAAUCUGUGCGAGAGCUUUGCUUUCGUCUCUUGUCAUAGUAGCUAAUAUCAUUUGAACUUGCAUGACCAAAAUUGAUGCUGCGCAUUCACACAUAGAAAUGCUUAUCUUUGUAAA